GACAGUAGUGAGGCAGCAGAUGGAGCUGGCCCCUGGGAUGAAGAAGUCACCAAGUGGUGGGGAGAGUGGAGCUCCUGGUCCACCUGCUCCCGGUCCUGCGGAGGAGGCGUGAUGUCCCGGGAGAGGCACUGCUUGCGACAGAGGCUCCAGAUGCCCCAGGGAACAAACAGCACCAUGUGUGUUGGUCAAGCCAAGCACUACCAACUGUGCCAGCAGCAGCUCUGCCCAGCCAACACAGCAAGCUUCAAACAGCAGCAGUGCUCCAGUUUCAAUGCCAAAGCCUUUGGGAAGCGCUACUACCACUGGAUGCCUCUCUAUCCAGAUGACUACACCAGUAUCUCCAACAAGCCAUGCGACCUCCAAUGCACCACCCAGAGUGGAGAGAGGCAGCUGAUGGCCCGGGCACAGGAUGGUACCUCCUGCAAGGACAGGACCUAUCAAGGGGUCUGCAUCAAUGGGAAGUGUGAGCCAGUUGGGUGCGAUGGGAGCCUGUACUCACCCCGGACGAUGGACAGAUGCAGGGUGUGUGGAGGGGACGGCAGCACUUGCCACCGUGUCUCGGGCAGCUUCCGAAAGGCAAUCUCACAGAUAGGUUACGUGUUCAUCACCAACAUCCCUGCCGGUGCCACGGACAUCCUCAUCAUUGAGCGUAGGAAAACGGAAAACAUCCUAGCACUUGCAGAUGAAUCCGGGCAUUUCUUCUUCAACGGCAACUCCGCCAUUGACAACCCCCAGAACUUCAGGGUAGCUGGCACGAUCUUCAAGUACCGGCGGCCCUCGAGCCUGAACUCAGAUGGGCUGGAGUAUAUUAUAGCUCACGGGCCCACUAACCAGUCUCUUAACGCCAUGUACUAUAACUUUAAUGGGAAAAUGCCACACAUAACUUAUGACUACACUGUACCACGGACACCACCUCUCCGAACUGCAAGCCCUGCUGUAGACAGACCUCUCUAUCGUCACCGACCAGAGACCAGCCAGAACCAUCCCAUUCCAGCCAACUCCAGAGCUGCCCAGGACUUCAAUGCCACAUGGCUCUCCCUGUCACCAGAUGACACCAGUGAACAGCUUCCUCUAAGAGAAGGGCAUGAAGAUUUAGGCUUUGGUCACCCGCACUUCAUCCAGACCAACUCCACCAGUCAGACUCGGGACUGGGGCUGGGAACAAGGUGAAGAGAAGGAGAAAUAUGACUUCCAGAUAAGACAGGUCUACCAUGCAAACACGGCAGGAGAGGAAGAGGAGGAGGAAGCAGCAGCAAUUGGUGGAGAAACAGAGUUGGCUCUCAGGUUCAAUCAGAUUUCCAUCAGCACAGCUGUACCCUACAGCAUGAGGAGAUCCGAGCUCUCGGAGAACAGCCAGAUAGCAUCCUCCAGGCUUCGUCUCUUCAGGCGGCUGUGUCACCGAGACCCGCACAACACUGCCUUCUGUAGGGAGCUGCAGCACCUGGCAGCCAGGCUGGCCCCGAGGAACUCCACAGCAGGACUAUGGACCGAGACGGCUGCCCGGUGGCCACAGGGCCUCCACAAAGCGCCGGCCCGUAAGAACUCACUGGAGGACUUGAAGGUGGAGGCAUUUGCUGGGAGUCAGGGGGAAGCAGCCAACUACAGCAUGAUGGCAUCUCUGGAGAGCCCUCUGCUAGGUGCCACCCCAACCGUGGACAUCAGCCAGGCAGAGCCUCUGCAAGCCCCUGGCACUGAAAGCAAUGAGUUUGAUGUGAGCUCUGUGGGCCAUGACGACAUUAGCUUGGCUGACAUGUAUCGGUGGAAAGUCUCAGCUUAUGCUCCCUGCAGCUCCACGUGCACUUCAGGUAUCAGCACCUCCUAUGCGAUGUGUGUCCGGUACGACGGAGUGGAAGUGGAUGAAACUUACUGUGAUGCCCUAACCCGACCAGAACCUACUCAUGAAUUUUGCACAGGGAGAGAUUGCCAGCCUAGGUGGGAGAUCAGCCGGUGGAGCGAAUGCUCCAGAACCUGUGGUGAGGGCUAUCAGUACCGCACUGUGCGCUGCUGGAAGAUGCUGGCUCCAGGCUUUGACAGCUCCGUUUAUGAUGACCUCUGUGAGUCAGCUGGGCUGGCCAGACCCAUGGAGAGGAAAGCCUGCAAGAACAAGGCCUGUGGGCCCCAGUGGGAGCUCUCUGAGUGGUCCGAGUGCUCGGCCCGGUGUGGCACGCAGGGCACGAUGAAGCGGGAGGUGCGCUGCUCGGUGGAAACACCCCUCUGCGACGAGUCCCGGAAACCCAGCAGCGAGAAGGCGUGCACAGGCCCACCCUGCGACCGCCGCUGGACUGCUUCGGAUUGGGGCCCGUGCUCAGGUUCAUGUGGUGAGGGACGCAUGAGUCGCUUCAUCGCAUGUCGCAACCUGGAGGGCAAAGUGAUCUCCGACUCGCAGUGUGACCCAGACACCAAGCCCCUGGCUGUCCAUCCGUGUGGAGACAAAAACUGCCCUGCACACUGGGUGGAGCAGGAGUGGGACCAGUGUGAUGCCAGCUGUGGGCGAGGGAUGAAGACCCGGGUUGUCUUGUGUGCGGGCCUGGAGAACGGUGUGUACAGGGAAUACCCCGAGAAGCGCUGUGAGACCUCUCAGAAACCUGAGGAGCAAGCUGCCUGUUUCAAGAGGCCAUGUUCAACGUGGUUCACUACCUCCUGGUCUCAGUGCAGCAAGACGUGUGGUGCUGGUGUGCGACUGCGUGAGGUGAAGUGUUACCAGGGGGAAGCGCUGGCUCAGGGCUGUGACCCCACUUCCAAACCAGAAGCCAGGCAGACCUGCCAACUCCAGCUGUGCCCCACAGAGGCACCAGAAGAAGACUGUGAAGACAAAGCGACAGCCAACUGCGUGCUGGUGCUGAAGGUGAAGCUGUGCUCUCACUGGUACUACAGGAAGGCUUGCUGCCGGUCGUGUCGGCUCAAGUCACCCUGACUGCUGCCAGGCCGUACUUCCCUUCCAAGUUCAGGGGCAAGAUCCCCCUUGAGCCAGACUUUACCACUUGAAGCCACCCCACUUGGUUUGGCUGUGGACCCAGUCCCUGUAGACCAGCCUGCUCAGUGAGGAAGGAUUCCUAGGACUUAGUCAUCACCGUUCCCUCUCCACCAAGAGGACCUUACACAAGAUAAACCAUCAGUUCCUAGAAAGCUACUGAGAAGUGAGUUGGGAAAGCCUGUCCCUGCUGUCAUCAUCUCUGAAGAGCUCUAGUUGGAGGCGGUGGGGCGCGGAGGCCAGCCCGCAGCAGGGCACAGACAACAGCAGCCAUCUCUCUGGUCUGCCCUGCAGAUUCUUCUAACUACAAGGGCAAUUUCCAA